AUGGAGAAAUCUGAUAAUUUAGUGGCAGAAGUGUCAGUGGUUUCGGCCUAUCAUGAAAAUGAAAAAGGUGAUACUUUGUUAGAUACAGGGUUAAAAGCUGGUAUUAAAAAUAGAAUGAUUAACCUUAUCGCCCUUUGUGGUAUUAUUGGUCCAGGCACGAUGAUUGGUAUGGGAGCUGCUUUAGCUGCUGGAGGUCCUGCUGGUUUGAUUGUUGGUUUCACUGUAGUGGGAAUCUUGGUGUUGGGAAUGAUGGCCGCUAUCGGAGAAUUAAAUUCAGCCUUUGAUUUCAAUUUCGCUGUUCAUGGUUCUCGUUAUAUCUCCAAAGGUUUUGGAGCUACCUUGUCAGUAUAUUAUGUGAUCAUUUGGGUGAUGAAUAUCAUUUCAGAGUAUGUUUCUUUGACUUCAUCUUUGGAAUCUUAUUCUGACAAAGUCCCUACUUACGGAUGGUAUUUGAUUUUUUGGUUUAUCUUCACAUUGUUCCAAUGUCUUAAUGUUUCAUGGUGGGGAGAAGCUGAGUAUAUCUUAGGUUUUGUUAAGAUUGGUUUCUUGUGUGGGUUUUACCUUUUUUCUAUUAUUUAUGCUGCUGGGGGUAUUCCUGGCCACAAACCUGAUGACCCAUUUGGUAACUUCCCUCUUAACUCAGGGUUUAAAGGUAUUGCUAAUUCAUUUGUGUAUGCUGGAGUAUUCUACUCUGGUGUUGAAGGGAUUAGUAUCAUCGCAGCUGAAUCGAGAAACCCUCGUAAAGCCAUUCCUACUGCUGUUACCAACACCAUUUAUAGAAUCUUCUUCGUUUAUUAUGGUUUGAGUGUUGCUUAUGGGAUCUCAGUUCCUUACAACGAUCCAUUAUUAGCUUCCAGUAACAAAGUUAUGAAAUCCCCUAUGACUAUUGCCUUAACUAAUGCUGGUUGGGCUAAUGCUAAAUAUUAUGUUACUACCAUGGUGAUGAUUACUUGUUUUUCUUCUAUCAAUUCAGCCAUUUAUUUUGCUUCUAGAUCAUUAUUUGUGUGGUCCAAACAAGGUUACGGACCUAAAAUCUUUGCCAAGACUGAUAAAAGAGGUGUACCAUUUGUGGCUAUUCACAGUGUCCAUUUGUUAGGUUUCUUAUCAAUCUUAUCAUAUUCCACCACAGGUUCUCUUGCCUAUGGUUACAUUGUCAAUGUUGCUGGUGUGGCUAGUUUCAUUGUUUGGACAUGUAUUUGUGUCACGCAUAUAAGAUUUAGAAAAGGAUUGGUAGCUCAAGGUUAUGACUUAAAAAUCUUACCUUUCAAAGCUCCUUUCUUCCCAUACCUCGAUUACAUUUGUAUAGCGUUGGGAAUUCUUCUCACUUUAGUUCAAGGAUGGUCUAGUUUCAAACCAUUCGAUUAUAAAUCGUUUGUGGACGGAUAUAUUUUACUACCAUUGUUCCCAAUAAUUUGGUUCUGUUAUGAUUACUUCUUCUUCAAGUCAGGUUUCAUUAAAUAUGAACAAAUGGACUUCGAAACCGGUAAACGUCCUGAUCUUGAUGAUAAUGUAGGAGAGGCUCUUGAUGAGACAAAAUCCAAUACAUAG